UUUUAUAUUUUUACAGGUUUACAGUUUACUUGAACAGUUUAUAAACGGAGGAAAGCCAAACCAUGUUUUAAGUUAUCAUUACUUGGGACCAGUUAUUCUUAAAACUUUGUAAUUCAUAAUUCUGGUUUGCUACAGUGAUCGAUCAGCAUUGCGCUGGUGCGCUGUCACUUGAGCUUCGUCGUUGUUCAAGUGCUGAUGCUGGGUUUUUCGUUUUUGUUUGAGUAGGAUCUGCACAUUCAUCUUGCGUUGAAAACCUGAAAAUCUUCGUAAUACACAAUCCUUGCUUUGUGCGAGGAGUAUAUGGUUAAAGAUGCCAUCAAUCAAAGUCACUCCUUUAGGAGCCGGCCAAGAUGUGGGGCGCAGUUGCAUUUUGGUCACCAUCGGAGGUCGUCACAUCAUGUUGGAUUGUGGAAUGCAUAUGUCUGCUGGUGAUCAGAAAAAGUUUCCGGAUUUUGAGUACAUCACAUCUAAGGAGAAGCUGGACGAUUACUUGGACUGUGUGUUAAUUAGCCAUUUCCAUUUGGAUCACUGUGGGGCUUUGCCGCACCUUACUGAAGUCAUUGGUUACAAUGGGCCAGUGUUCAUGACACAUCCGACAAAAGCUGUAUGUCCGCUCCUUCUGGAAGACUUUCGCAAAGUUGCUGUGGAGCGUAAAGGAGACACGUCCAUGUUUAAUUCCGCUCAAAUCCAAGCCUGCAUGGCUAAAGUGACGCCUUUGGGACUGAAUCAGUGCGUAAACGUUGGAGAUAUUUUUAUUAAGGUGUAUUAUGCUGGCCAUGUUCUGGGCGCUGCGAUGUUUUAUGUACGCGUCGGCGAGGAGAGUUUGGUUUAUACGGGCGAUUAUAACAUGACGCCCGAUCGACAUUUGGGUUCGGCGUGGAUUGAUCGGUGCAGACCCGACGUGCUCAUAACAGAGUCAACGUAUGCCACAACAAUUAGGGAUUCCAAACGGAUUCGCGAGAGAGAAUUCCUGAAGAAGGUGCACACGGCAGUUGCACGCGGUGGAAAGGUCCUUAUUCCUGUCUUCGCGCUGGGUCGCGCACAAGAACUAUGCAUUCUUCUCGAUUCGUAUUGGGACCGGAUGGGACUUACUGCGCCGGUUUAUUUUAGCGCGGGAUUGACAGAAAAGGCAACGAAUUAUUAUAAGUUAUUUAUUACAUGGAUGAACGAGAAAGUGCAGAAAACUUUCGUGGAACGCAACAUGUUUGAAUACAAGCAUAUUUCAACAUUCGAGCGAGCUUUUGCCGAUAAUCCUGGACCCAUGGUGGUUUUUGCUUCUCCUGGCAUGCUGCAUGCCGGUUUAUCGCUGCAGCUUUUCAGAAAAUGGGCGCCCGAUCCCAAAAAUAUGGUUAUCCUGCCAGGAUUUUGCGUUUCGGGAACUGUUGGAAACAAGAUCCUGAGCGGAGUUCGGAAAAUCGAAUUUUUUAACCCGAAAGAAACGAUCGAUGUAAAGCUGGAUAUCGAAUAUCUAUCGUUUAGUGCCCAUGCGGAUGCCAAAGGCAUAAUGCAACUUAUCAGGAUGUGCGCACCGCGUCACGUGUUACUGGUCCACGGCGAAGCAGUGAAAAUGGGCUUCCUCCAGAAGAAGGUGGAGAAGGAAUACGGCGUGCCUUGUCUGUAUCCGGCUAAUGGAGAAACGGCUUCCAUACCAACACCUGAUGUUAAGAAUGUUUUGAUCGAUAAAAAUGUGAUGUUAGUGCCUCCCAUGCAUUCCAAGAUGAUCUCGCGAAUUUUCGAUGGGAUUGUUAUCGUUGCAGACGAACAGAUCUCCAUCGUCAGCGAAGAAGAGGCCGCACGAUUGUACUCAUUGAACUGCUACAAGACUUAUUUCACGGAGCAUUAUUCGUUCUCUUGCCAAGCACCACCAGCAGUGGCUCGAAAACGGAUAAGCCGAGAAGUAUCUAGGCGGUUUGGUCCGUUUUGUGGCUCGAAAGAAGAGGACUAUGGACUGGACAUGGGCAGCAGCCAGCUCGCCAGCCCGCAUUUACUCAUCGACGUUACCCUGAAUACCGAUACCUCGGACGCUCCAAAAACUUUUGUCUAUGAUUUGGUGAUGAAGUGGGAGGACGGUCUUGUUGAGGCUGAUGUUGUGGAUCAAUUUAUCGAGGCGUUAUCGUCGAUCGUCGAUGUGCAUCCCGAAGAGGGCGAAAUUGAUGACACAUUGCAGCCGAACACGGCAUCCGCAUCCGAUUCAGACAGCUAUACGGUCAGCGACGCUGAACAGGAAUAUGGAUGUCUCUUGCCUCUAAAGAAGCGCACCGCCGACGAUCUCGAUUACCUGUAUGAGGAUUAUGAAUGUGUUGAUGAAGUUACAACGAGUUCAUGAUUUUGUAGAAUUAUUUUCGUAUUCGUCGUUUGUAGAAUUUUGGACUAGUAAAAGAGCAGGUAUCAGUUUAGCAAACCAUUCGGUUUCGGCCGUCGAGUAGACCUGGUGCUGAUGCUGUGUAAUGACAACGCUCUUUCUGAUAAUUUUAAUAAGUGGUUUUGGCUUUUUAUAGUAAUCCCAGUUAAACUUUCCGUUGGUUUUGUUGAAUGUGAGUGCAGUCGACAACGUCGUAAAAAUAUCAGCAGAACCAAAUAAAC